AUGCUCUCAUAUGGCCUUUUUGAAGCAAUUGAGCUGGCAAUAUACCAGCUCAAUUGCACGCUCCCUCCCUCCUCCGACCCCCUCGAAACCCCCCUCGGAAGCCCUCGCGUGAGGCACAAACUCCCCCGCCUCCCUCACCCCUGCCUCCUACCCGAACUCACUGCCCCUGUCGACGGUAGCAAGUUCCUAGACUUGGAUGCUUGGUCCCGCGCCCUGGACGACUGGGCCGUCAAGGAGAAGUUAUCCUGGCGGCUCCAGAGGAGGGACAAAGACGGGGCAACUGCCGUUUGUCCCGAGGAGGGCUGUGCCUGGCGUGUCCAAACCAGCCCUGAUGACAAGCUUCCAUUGCUCACCGUCGGGGCUGGCUCGGACAUGCCAGGCACAUAUGAGAACGGGGGGAGUUUCUAG